AUGACACGUUUUCUAUGGCUGAGUGAGACAACAGACCCUAAUAGUCAACUGAUCACUUACAGAUUCAGGACUGUGUUGUUUGGUGCGACAUGUUCCCCAUUCAUUUUAAAUGCAACUUUAUUGAAACAUCUCGAUGCCAACGCUUCCAUCUGGGUUAGUGCCGUAUUACGAAGAGAUUUGUAUGUUGACAACAUUAUUUCCAGUUUCGCCACAGAAGCAGAUGUUCUUUCCUACUUCCGUGUGACACGUGAUCUGAUGUCGUCUGCUGAUUUCAGCCUCCGGUCCUGGAACUCUAAUAGUUGUCGUCUACGUGAACUUGCCACUACACAGAAAGUACUUGAUACAGAUAGGCCGACAAAGAUUCUGGGCCUGCGAUGGGACGCUGACGCUGAUGAAUUAUUUCUUCAACAUACUAUUUUUCCUAAAAGUGACUUCAUCACGAAACGAGAAAUUUUACAACGGACGGCAAAAGUGUACGACCCACUUGGGAUUUUGAGUCCAAUCACAAUACGCGCGAAGAUUUUACUUCAAGACAUCUGGCAACAGAAAUAUGACUGGGAUGUGCCACUUUCGGAAGGUCUGCAACAGAGAUGGAAUGAGGUAUCAAAUGACUUUAAUACAGUUUCAAGUCACAAGUUUCAGCGUUAUUACUUCUCGCCAAACGACAUAUCUGACAUAGCAGAAGACAUACACACUGUUGACUUCCACACUACACUGCACGUGUUUGCUGAUGCCAGUCUACGAGCCUAUGGAGCAGUAGCCUACAUAUGUAGAGGAAACUAG